AUGUUCAAAUCUGCAAGCAAAAGUAAUCUAGAGGGCGAGUUCCAGUGUAAGAUCAGUCUUUUGGACGAUACAGAGUUGUCGUGCGAUUUCAAGGUAAGUUUAAGUUUAGCAUUGCAUCGCCCUCAUGCUAGCUUUACAAAUGCAUGAGCUGCUAAAGUAUGAGCGAAUGUUACGUGAUCUUUCGUUCUCUGUCUAAGCCAGUCUUUUCUUCCUGUUUAUUGUAACCGGCUUGCUUUCCAGCUUUCACAUGUUUCUUUUUUUCUAUAAUAAGUUUUUCCACAUUGUUAUUGUUUUUUUUUCAGUGAAAUCAUAGUGCUCAAAGCUCGUGUACUCUGCAUGCACUAACUGUGUGUUGCCGUCAUUCGAAGACUAUUUCUUAAAUAUCAGUCAGGGCAACAACAGUUUUUUGCAGUGUUUCAAUUUAAACGCAAUCUCAGUUUUGUCAUGACCGUGAUUUUGGAGUUUCUUAAACCCGUACUUAGCAUUUUGCAAAAUGCUCUCGUUUGCUUGCUUCGAUUAUGGAAUUACCCGCUGAUUUCGGGAUAAUUUAUUCAGGCUGUAAAAGAAAAUAAAUUUGCAUCGGUUCGACUGUUUGUGGAGGAGACACCCUAUUAAAUCUGGACUUCUUUUUUCCUUUUUUUUCCUCGCUGACCCUGACCGAUUUCGAGGAAGGAUUGACAAAACUUCCUCGUUCUUAAUCCCAUUUUUCUGCCCGUGCCAUGUGGCUUAAUCGGGUAAUAUCAAAUCUGAGAUUGUUGCGUCCUCGAUCGCUUGUUUUUCCGACUUAAUUAUACAUGUUAAGUUAACUUAUUGUUUCGUUUUCUGUAUUUGUAGUAGUUUACUGAAAAUUUUAAAUUAAAAAUACGGUGAGGUAGGUACAUGUAAAUGCGGUGUGUAGUUUUUGCUACACGUGAAUUCGAGCCAAAAACCCCGUGAAGCGUGACAAAGGUGUUCAAUUUCAUCUUCUCGAUUUCUCGUCUCGAGCUCUUUCAUGCUCGUCGACUGUACACCCAGUGAAAAAAAAUACAAGAAGAAACAAAUAAAGUGUUUGCGAAUAUUUUUUUAUUGUUAUCCGAUGUUCUCGGUGUCCCAACUUUUGCCGGUGAUCUUUGUAUUCUUAGUCUAAUUAGCACGUGAAUAUGUCAUGAUAACAAUGAUUUGGGGGGUCCACGUCUUCAAGUUUGUAAAUAAACUCAGGUAAAUUAAAUAAUGCCUAGCUUUUGAUUUUGUUUUUCUUUCUUUCUUUUAAUUCUGUAUCGAAAACAAAAAUCCACAAAAUCACUCAUGCCUUUUUUACGAUAAGUAUCUUCUAAACGUAAAAUUACUCGGACGAUCGUGCUCAGCAAACCCUUUCGAAAGACAUCGUAACAAGCUUUCCAAUUAACAGAACAGUUCAUUGCAAUUAAAAACUGAUGUUAGAAACAGUAUAUCGAGGUAAACAAAACUAUACCUGAAAAGUGUUUAUUAGAAAUGAUGUAUGUUGCGUGUCUUGGUUUGGAUUGUUUCUUGAGUGUCACACUGAGGUUGAACGUACUCUUUUCUUUUUAUUUAUAAUGCGUGUAACUUGGAAACAUUUUUUCAGAGAGACGUCAAAGGACAGACCGUCUUCGACGAGGUUUGCAGGACGCUUGACUUACUGGAGAAAGAUUAUUUUGGUCUUCGUUACGUGGACGAUGCCAAACAAAGGGUAGGAUUUGUCUUAAUAGGGACGCAUAAUUAAAUUCAGAAAUAUGUGAUUGUUUGUUUUCAGUUACUGGAGUGUGUACUUUGUAAACAGGUUAUGAUUGCUGUUGUCACGACUUUAGCAACUUUUUUUGAACUAUAACUUGCUUCUUUGCCCAUCUGUCUUAAGUAUUGGAAAGUCACUGCAUUGCUCACAUGAUUUUCAAAAUUCAAUUUACACCUUUCAGUUUUGCUUCAUUGAGGUUUAAUUAAGUAACUAGUUCUUAAGUGAUUUUCACACAGUUAAACGCCGUUGCAUACAAGAAAGCCAUUAUCAAUAUUGUCAGUCACUUAAGACUGGUUUCCUAUGAUUGUCCAGAAUGUCCUGAUUGGCCUACUCAUUUAGGGGUGACUAUUGGAAAAAUUUUAACUAUUGCACUAUAGGUCACACAGAUACCUUUACCGAAAAUAACUUAAUAAGCGUGGCUCUUGAUUAAGCGCUGUAGCACUAAUUUGAAUAUUCACAAAUUAAUGCCCCACCUUUGUAAGGCACUUGAUAUUCCUUGAGAAAUAGGACCUUGACCAACUUGUGAGUUCUAAAGUUUUAAUGUUGUAAAACUCUUAAAGCCAGGUUCAUAUGACAGUACAAGGUGUACAUAUUUUUUAUUAAAUGGUGCAUACCAAGAACACGCCUCCCGUAAUUCUCUCUAUAUUCCCCUCAGUGUUUUACCGGUAGUUGAAAUAAGUGCCACUUUUGAAUAAGCACCACUCUCGUAUAAGCACCGCUACUAUAACAGGGAAAAUUAAAUAAGCUCCACACCACUCAAUUGAUCAUUUACGGUAUUGCGAUAGUGGAGCUACUAUUGCAAUCGUAUUGCGAUAGUUUGCAAUGAUAUAAAAUUGGCCGUCAUGUUUGAAGUUUGAACGAACCUCAGCGUCAAUUUAUAUGACCCUUGUCUAAUAUUAGACCCAAAGCGGUUCAAGAAUCAAGACGCUAAAACAUUCUAGAUGUAGGUGCAGUAGGACGGUAGAUUGUUUGUAGUUUUUUUUUUUACCGUUAUUGAGAACUUUAGAAUCAAAGAUCAGUAAAAAAGCAUAUCUUUAUUUUCCAAAGAAGUUAAAAUGUUGGAAGUAUAGAAACUAACAAAACUAUCGUUACUUGGCUACAAUAUCGACUUUGUUAUCGAUGUUUCAUUUUCACUAUCGAUCCAUUGCUAUCACAGCGUUAAUAUCAUGAUUAUGGUAAUCAAUUGUCCGAUGUAUUGUUACAGCUUUUUGGGACUUUUGAUGACAUCAUAUAACAGGGGCACCCAACGAGGAUAUAGUUCAAAACCACUUAACAUAGCAUUGUUCAAAGUAUUUUUGUAUUUAAACGGUAGAUAUAGGCCCCCCUAAAACUUUUCAUCUUUUAUUGGAAAAUAGAGGAAAAAUAGAACCAAAAGAAAUUUUCCCUAGCCAGGAAAAGGCUUUGAUUCCCCGCCCAUUUGUUGAUGUUUAAAAUCCGGCAACAAGAAAAAUUUUACUUAGUGACAACCCUGGACUUUUGAUGACAUCAUAUAAUAAUUAUCUUGUUGACUUCAGAGACUGGAGGCACGCAGUUCUCACGGAUGUUUCUGGGUCAGACAACAGAAAUUUUGCACAUGCGUGACAGUCAAACAUAUCUGCUUGGUCUUGGUCAGCCCAAUCACCUGAACAUUAUUUUAAGCCAAAUCAGGAUGAUCUGGACAAUCACAUGGAAACCAGGCUUUACAUUUAACAAAUUUAUGUAAGGCUUAUUAUUAUUCAGUGAAAAUUACGGAUAAAAAACAAAGUUUUGACCCAUCUUCGGUCAUUUUCAAGUGAGUAAAAAGUUUAAAAAAUUGGCAUAUCUAUGUGUAAGGUGUAAAAAUAUGUGAAGAACUAUAAAAAAUGUUUGAAAAUGAUAAAAGAAUGAGUGAGUUGAAAAUUUCCCCCACACACCGCUAGAAGCCAACAACGCUUGCACUGAGGUAAACCAGGUAAAUCGACUAAACCAGAUGAAAACGAUCACACAGUUAACCGACUGCCUCGACAACCACUCCACGACCACUACACCAAUGCUCAACGUAGAACUCGAAGAUCCUAGCUGUGUACAAAGCUACUAUGUACCAUGUGAGCCCACACUUAUGGAAUUGACCACUAAAUGCCCCCUAAACUUAAGCGCGUAGACCACUUCACCGCUAAGCUCAAGGACCGCUUGACCACUAAGUUCGUGAACCGCUUAACCACUAAGCUAGAGGACCACUUAACUGCUAAGCUCGUGAACCGCUUGACCCGCUAUCUCAUGGGCAGCUAGACUGCUAAGCUCAUGGACAGCUAAGUUCAUCAGCCGCUUGGCUGCUAAGCAAGUGAACGCAAAACCACAGUCGUUCUGUCUCACGAAAACACCACCGCCAAGGUGUUGUUGAACUCUCAAACCAUGAAGUAGCAGAUGAAACACCCAAGCAAAAACCAUGCCCAAACGCAGAGGCAAACGUCCCGCCAAGACUGCCAGCCCAAGUUACGAAGAAAUGACAAUUGCAUAAAGCCAAGCGUAGCCAGAUGACAAAGAAAGAAACAGCAAAAACAGCAAAAACCGAACAGCAAAAAACAGCAAGAAGCAGACGGUAAAAGAAUGAUCCAAAGGCUAAAUGAAGAGAGUGGCCGCGAGGAAAACGUUGUACUGAGCAGAUGGAGGAGCUGCAAGCAAGGCCGACCACGCUUGAGCCAACUGACUCUUCGCUGACCACGCCCUCACUCCUUGUUGUUAACUAAGUUAAAUAAAUAUUCUAUUUAACUUCAUUUAAACAAAUUGGACUCGCUCUACUUGGUCAUCUUAUUUUGUUAAUGACCCGUUUGAUUACAAACUGAGUAAGGACUCCACUCAAUCCUAUUACCAUAAUUAAUCAUGUUUCUCUGUGUUUUGUUUUCUUAGCACUGGCUGGAUCUCAACAAGAGUGUUGUGCGGCAGAUGAAAAGUGAGUCUUCCAUAAGCUGUAGUUUGUUUGUGGUGUUCUGGUGAAGCAGACAUUUCAAUCUUUUUUACUCCCUCAGGCUGCUGAUGUAGAUUGUGUAAGAUCAGGUUUUAUGAAUAUGUUUUCUCUUUCUUUGCCACUAGUCGUAUUUAGAACACACUAUUUUGCUCGCUCCUUACAGUGAGGCAGAAUGGCUGAGCAGUUAGAGCAAUGAAAUUGUAAUCCAGAGGCCACAAGUUCAAUCCAUGACCUCUACUUUUAGCUGGGUUUGUUCUCAGUAGUCCCCAGUUCAAUGCCUCGGUGGCCCUUUUCUUUCUAGCCAACUGGCUGGAGGCAAGCCAGUUGGGAUUCUCAACCUUCCUCAAUCCUCAAUGUAACAAACUAUAUUUUCUGCCCCAGUUAUUGUAAAAUGUAUGGAAAAGAACCUCGGUAUAAUGAAACCUUGUUUUGGUGAACGUAUUUGGCCAGUCCCCAAUUGAGGUUCCACUGUAGUCGUCCAGGAAGAUUUUUUAAAUACCAUUUUUUGAUUGAUUUCUUUGCAGCAUUGAAGCCUCCUUACAAGUUGUUCUUCAGAGUGAAAUUUUAUUCUGUAGACCCAAGUACUCUUCAUGAAGAAAUCACAAGGUGACCACUAUAGAGCUUCUAGUCCCACAAGUGACCAAUAUCCAAUCUCUCCUAAAAAAAUCAAUAUAUCAUCAAGGCAAAAGGUCAUGAGAAUUAAUUAACUGAUCAUCAAAGGGAAAGUGCUUUGAUCUUUUAUCAAAUUCUCUUGACUGAUUCUUAAGGGAAAAUAUAUCAAUAUGGGGAUCAGUCUGGGAAAUGGAUAAUGGAGCUUAAAGUGUUUGAUGAACAGGAACUAAUAUAGUAAACUUCAGGUACACUGUUGUCUUUUGACUUUCUUCAAAUAAAUUUUAAAAAGCACUUUUUUUGAGUGUCAAGGUAUUGAGCACGAAAGUGCGAAUUGGGGACACUAUUUUUACGUCUCCAACUGGAGAGAGGUCCGCCAUUUUACUUGGUCAUCCAAGCCAUGCCAUGGUCUAGCUGCUAGCAGUGCAAAGGGAGUGCCUUCAUUUCUCAGUUAUUUUAAGACCCUGAGUAUAGGUCCGGCCCCGGGAAUCGAACCCACGACCUCCCGUUCUGCAGUCAAGCACUUUACUGACUGAGCUAAUCCUGCCGCAAUCAAGUUACAUGUAGUGAGCAAAAAUGUGCAACACACAGAAUUUACAACACACAAGUGGGAGCAGCUUUGCUAACAAAAAAAUCAAGGUUGUCAACUCAUGAAGAGAAAAUGCAUGUAUGUGUAGGAGACUUCAUAUGUCAUAGUUGCUUGUUGAUAUAAACUCUGUUCAUGACAACACCAGCUUUUUUUUCAUGCUGUUGCAAGAUUUACAUUUGUAUUGCUGUGAAAUGAAAGUGAUUAGUUUGAUAACUAGUUAUGUCUAAUUUGACUUGUGACUGGCUCAGUUUUUAUUUUGUAUUAAUGGCGUUUCUUAUUUUCAAACAAAUGUGUGCGAAACAAAACAGUUUCUGGGUUACAUGUCACUAGGACAAGCAUGUUUUUUUUUUCACUUUAUGUUUUUGCUUGUUAGGCUAGUAGUCGUUCAAGUUAUUAUAAUGUUAUUUUUAACAUCUUCAUUGGUAAAAAGAGAGAUAUGACCAAGCUAAGAUUGCUUUGGCCAGUCAACACAUCUGGCAAUCUGGCAGCAGUCUAAAUACAGUAGAACCUCUAUACAAUGAAGUCCUCAGUAUAACAAACGAUUUUCUUUACCCCAUUAAUAUAGAAUAAUAAUUAUAUGAAAAAGAAACUCCAUAUAAUGAAACCUCGUCAUAUUAACAAACAAAUUUUACCAGUCCUUUAAGCCCUUUGUUAUAUCAAAGUUUGACUGUGAUUUAUUUUGUGCUCUGAGAGUUAUCAACAAUACCAAUUAUUUCAUCAUUACUUGAACAUUUUUAGGUAUCAGUUUUUCCUUCAAGUCAAAAGAGAUAUUCUCCAUGGCAGGUGAGAUGUAAUGAAAACUUUUUAGCUUGGCUUUGCUUGGUAUCAAUGUUUACAUAAGUUUAUCUUUAGUGAAUAGUCAGUAAGUAAAUCAACUUGAAUAGCUCUCAUGCAUGCUACAUGUAGCUGUCUCCCCACCCCUUCCUUGCUGUCAAAUCAAGAUAGCUUGCCCAUAUGCUAAUUUCGGCAGCUGUAUGUGUGGUGCUGGUGCUGAGUGAACCCAGCUUGCAGCAACUUGGUUUUUAUCAUAACAGUAACUAUAAAAAAAUUCUCAAAUCUGAUUGGCUUUCAAUUAUUGCCCUGAUUUCAGCACUAAUAGGAAAGUAUAAUUGGGCAGUAUGUGUUAUGCCGAAGUAAUUGGACAUUGUUUGCAUGCACUUGAAAGGUUUUUUUAUUUUUAAUUCUAGCAAAAAAACUGUUGGAAUAUGCUGUGUUUUAAUUUUAGAAAAGCUGAAAAUAUCACAAAUUUUGUUGUGGUUAUUAUAAAUAAUUAAUAACAGAACUUCUUGUCGUCUAAUUCAGUCUGUAAUAGAUAACUGCAUGCUUGACACUUCCCAUUUUUCAUUGUUAUUGUCAAAUCAAUUGAAUAGCUUUCUUGCACUACUUACAUGUAGCUAUAAAACCAGUGAUUUUGUAUAAAUCUGUAUUGAAGCAUGUACUCUCAGAACUGUUUCCUCUUCUUGUCACUCCACUGACCAAUGACUUGUAGGAAGAGUUGAGUGCUUUGUGUUCUUGUCGUGCUUUUAAGGUUAUUAUCACUUAAAAUUAAUGUGGUCCUUUUACUUUCUUGUCACUAGACUCCUCUGCACGUUUAACGACUUGGUGGAGUUGGGAGCUUACAUUGUCCAAGGUAUUUGAAGAAUGCUAGCAAAUGCUUGGGUAGACGUACAUUUUAGUUUAUUAGAGAAGCUCUGCCAUGUAGAUUUCAUCAUCAUUUCCAUACGCCACUUGCACGUCUCCCAUAGUGCAACUUAUUUGCCCCCCAAAAUUUGGCAUAAGCAUUGUUUUCAGUUUCUCCUGGGACAGCUGUAAUACCCACUGGAGAAAUGCUGGUAUCUACAAUCUUGGACAAAACUGUUGAGAAAAUUGUAUACUUGGACAGCAUUUUUCUAAACAUCGUAGCUGUACCGGUUCUUCCCUCUCCCCCUUCCCCUGAAAGCAAUGUUGUUGUGUAUUCAAAAGAAAGCCUGAUCCCUGGGCGUUUGUGGGAAGCAACAUUGAAUUGGGGGAAGGGGUUUUCUUUCCGCAAAAGGCGUCGUUUUAGAAAUAGUUUUGUUGCGUAGGAAAGUGGACAUGAUGGGGAAAACUUUCUCAAGUAGUUUUGUCCGGGAUUGUAGCUAGAUACCAGCAAUUAGCUCAACUGGAGAACCUUACAGUAGAGAAGAGUCGCCGCAUGCCGGGCCAUGUUGUAUAAGAUCUCUAACAGCUUAGUUGCAGUGAGCCCAGGCAAAAAUAAUUAAUUGCGUUCACCAACCCGCGAAAAAGGUCACAGGCAAAAAUUUUGUAAGUUUUGCACACAUUCAAAAAUAAUAGUAAAAUAUGAAUAGGACGUUUUUUUGCACAGAGACCUUCAUUAUUAUUUUCUGGCUUGUUUGUCUUCUUUAGCUGACAUUGGGGAUUAUGAAGAGGAGGACCAUGGUGAAAACUAUGUCUCUGAAUUCCGCAUUGUUCCAAAACAGUCAGACAAGCUAGAGAAGAAAAUAGCAGAAACUCACAAGAUGCUAACGUAUGUUAUUCUACUCAUCCAUUUUAUCAAUACAGCCUGUAUCAACCAUUUCUAACUGGUUUUGUGCAAUAUUUUGUUGACUGCUGUUAUUUAUAUAAUUUGAUGGUGGUGUCGUCUUUUUGGAAAUACCUAAGUGUUUUUACAGAAAGUGUGUACUGUAUAUUUUAUUGUGAAAGCAGUUUCAGGUCCAAUAUUUUAGUACCUCUUGAUUCAUGAUUUUUUGAUACACCGAUUCCAGAAAAAAGCAAGAAGUUGUAUGUAGGCUACAGGCCUUGUUACUUUUUUUUUUUCUUUCAUGAUAAAAUGUUUGCCCUCAAGUUUACAAUACCCAAAAAAUUUAUUCUUAACAAACUUUUUCAUGUGAAAACAAGAUUCAUGUACAUGUAAUGUAUAUUGUCACUGGAUGUCAUGCAUCCAGAUAACCAAACUCUUUUGUUAAAGUGGCCAAGUUCCUGCUGUUGCUGAAAAGAACUUUCUGGGUGCCGUUAAGGGACUAGACAUGUAUGGAGUGGAUCCUCAUCCAUGCAAGGUUAGUCAAAUUGUAAACAGUGCAUAAGCUUUGCAUUAUUGUGGGAGAUUUUCUUUUAACAGUUUACAGUUUUUAAUAUUGCAUACAGUGUAACCCCGCCUUACAGCCACAUCGAUAAUAUGGUCCCCUCAUUAUUACAGCCAGUUUUUUUGGCCUGGCAAAACCUCCUAUUGACCUAGUAUUCUGAGCUUAUUCUUGUACUGUUUUUAGACUACAGUACACUUAAAAUGCACUUGUGGCAUUUUGUAGCCGAAUUUUUAAAGAGUUUCAUGCACUGAAGUAACAUUUUAAGAAGUUUUUUCAAUACUGUACGCGAUAUCUACAUUCUGGUUGCUUGUUAAUGAGAGCAGUACGGUGAAUGCGAUGUAUGGUGUAUUUGUCAUUAUGGCCCUCAAGUCAUGAAAUUUAGGCCUGCCUUGGUAAUAUGGCUACCCUGUUCUUACAGCCAGCUUUUUUGGGCCCAGAAGUGACCAUAUUAACAGGGUCACACUGUAUUCCACAAUAAUUCAUCCCACAAUUAAUAAAUUAUUUGAUUUUUGUUUUUUAAAUAAAUCAGUGAAACGAUCAUUCUUUCAUGUACUUUGUGUAAGUAUAUUUUGUUUCUAGUAGUGCCAUACUUAAACUCUAGGAAUAACAUUCUAGGAAUAAAUUAUUAUACAUGUUGCAGUUUUCACUGUUUUUUUUUUUUGUUAUUGUUCUCCUCAAUUACAAAGUUUUUAAUUGUUGUUAUUUUUCAUUUCUCCACAGGAUCAAGAUAAUGUUCAACUUUAUUUGGGAUUGACUCCGGUUGGUAUUGCCAUUAUCAGGGAAGGAAAGAAGGUGUCAGGGUUUAACUGGUAAGUACAAAUGUACGUUGUAUUCUGUCUACAACAUGCAGAAAAUCCCAAGUAAAGAUUUGCACGUGUCAAGGUAAUAUUCUUACAGGACUUAUGAUUUCUGGAUUUCUUUCCUUAAGGCCUGAAGUUUUGAAGUGCAGCUAUGAGGGAAAAGUGUUUUAUGUUCAGGUGCAGAAGGAAGAUGUAAGUACAACGUCUAGAAUAUCAUUUCGGUUUUAUGUCACUCAUGGUUGAUAUUGGCCAAGUUCCUUUUUUUGCAUUUUGAUGGACUGAGACAAAGUUGAAGUCAACAAUAAUGCAAAAGAAAAAAGAAUAGAAACAAUGCCGAUGUCCAGUGGUCCUGAACGAACAAACUUGGUCAAUAAAAGAUUCUUAUAUGGUCAAGAAAAGUUUUCCUUGAUGGAUGUGUUGCAGUUAAUUUGUUUCCUAUUGUUUUUGGGUAUGGUAAUGUAUGCUAAUAGAUUUUUAACUAAGGAAAAACAAGAAUCAACUGCAGCAGAUCCUAAUCGGGCAGUAUAGACCCAUAUUACCUGCUUAGGUUGCCAAUCAAAAUGCAGUAUCCAAUUUAUCUUGCCCACUCAUGGAACCAGCCAUAACAGGGAAUAUGCCAUUUUCAGAAUGACAAUAUUUGACUAGAACUACCAGAGUUCCUUUCAUCUUUGCUUUCCUUUUUCUAUAUCUCAAUCUCACUGAGAUGUGAACAACAAUAGCCCUAAUUUGCACAAGAAAACAACAAACAACUUAAGGAUUCUGGUAGUUGUAGUAAAGUGACAUCAUCAUGCAACUGUCUUAUCCCUCCAGCUACUAUGAAGGUGAGCCCCCUGGCUACUUCCCUAGAAAACAAAAGGAAAAUGGAACCAUAGAACUUUCUAGUUGUAGAGUUCCCCACCUACUUAUUGCAUAUACAAGCUCCGUACAUGUACCCAGCAACUUGAAACCUUAGUGACAACUCUGAAUAGCAAUGUUCAUUUGGUUAUCUUGUUCGUGAGGCUGUUUAUUUUUGUGAUUUCAGCGAAAGGCUAACUAUGGUUUCCGACUCCCUGAUCCCCUGGCUUGUAAGCAUUUAUGGAAGUGUGCAGUGGAGCACCUAGCAUUUUACAGGUAAGCUAUAACUUAGAAUGAUUGGCAAUGUAGUUGGCCUUAUUACGAUUUUUGAUAAAUGCAACAAGACAGUAUUGCCUUUGAAUUACAGUUGAACCUCCAUGUUGGAUCACCUUCUUGUGAGCAACCACCCAUCCGAAACUUCAAAAUUUCCACAAUGAAAUCACUACAUUUGGAAUCUUUUGUAAAUAAUCACCUCUCGUAAGCAACUGCAACCACUCUUUUGGAUGUUCCAUUGUUUUUAUCCUUCUGUGAAUGAGCACUUAAGGCGUGGUUUGAUUUCUGUGUUCAUUGUAUUUGGUACACUCUGAAGAGAAUAAGAUGUUCUUUUAGUGACAACAUUGAACUUCACAUAUUGUAAAUUAGUGAUUGCAUGCAAUGAAUUCUCUUCCAAAAGGUAGAUGGUUCAGACCUCUUCUAAAAAGGGACCCCUUUAGUUCCAUUCCCGUAAUCGACCCCUAACUUGACACACGUUUGGUAUUGCUUAUGGGAGGUUUGACUAUUAUAAUACUGGUGAAUUUUAAAUACAUUAGAGAAUAUGUGUCACUCAAACGUGAAAAGAGUGUGAAAUUAAUAUAAGAAUUAAAUUUUUUGAGAUAAGAUAUAAAAAAAACUAUUUUUUCACUCUCUAGUGUUCAUACACAAUUAGGCUUUAUGACUUCAAACAUGUACUGUUUCACAGGUUAAAUUCUUCUCUAUUCUUAUCAAGCUCAUUUCUUCCUUUGCAGUCAUAAGGACAAUGUAGCCAAGCCAAAAAGGAAGGCCAUUUCACCACAGAGGUUUUUCAGGAGGUCAAAGCAUAAAUACCUGUGAGUUCAUGUCCUUUCUAUGGACCCUUUCACUGCCAAAUUUAGCCAAAAGAAAACUUCGACCAAUUUUCGAAAUUUUAUUUUGUGAAAUUUUGAAAAGCAAAUAGCAUGUGUAAGGACCUGUAAGAACAGGCAGAGAGGUUUCAUUUGAAUGGUCACCUCAUACCGGUAGGAUUUGUAUUAAUGAAACUCUGUAAAAAAUAUAGAGGAAUACUGUACAAGGGAAUUCCGUGAGUUUUCCGCCUACAUGUGCUUACAGUUUUAAACUCGAAGCAACGUAUCCCACCAUGGGAUGAAGUGGACUUUCUAAGUCGUUUAAACCAUUCGUUUAGCAACGCUACCAUUUAUGGUCAGUUUGCUCUUCACUUAAGCAUUAACACAAAGAAAAAAACAACGAUAACUUGCCGAACUCACUUGUGGAACGAGAAGACUACAUUUAGCCCAAAGAACCGGAUACCAUAUGUAAGUACACCUACACCUGUGUACUUCGGUUGAGUUAUCUGUGGUUGGACGUGCUUUGUUCUUAAUUUGCAAAUCACAAUUUUCCUUCUUUUUUUUUCGCAAAACUUGAAUUUAGCUUCCAUUUAGUCACUGAAAAUAAUUGAUUGUUUGCGAUCAAGUAAAUUUUACGUGAUCGUUCUGUCGCGUUGUAGCUUGAUUUGCUUCGUGGUAUUUACAGUACAAGUUGGCUGAAGUUUAUUGCAAGUAAUCGUUAUGGCUUCUCUCUUUUGUUUCCAGUGGUCCAACUCAAGACCAGCUUAUCGCUGAAAGCGAGAAGAUCAGUCGCCCAGCACCAGAGAUUAAAAGGUAUGUCCGUAAUCUGUCGUCAUCCGCAAUAUUUUUGGUAUGGUUAUGUAUGACAAUCAUUUAGAAGGAAGGAGAAUAAAGAAAUUAUUAUAUGGCCAGAAAGAGAGUUUUGCUUGCGGGACCAACGCGGGUAAUCCCGAGUUGGCAAGGUGGGCCCAUCUUGCCCGCUCGGGUAGCCAAUCAGAAUGCGGGAUUCGCUUCACCUUGCCAGCUCGCGAACUCAGCCUUGUAAUAAAGGCUUUUCUUGACUGACUGAUGCUUUUGAUUGAUUAGGGCACCUAGUGUCAGGAUUUCUCGCCGGAUAAAAGUUUCUUCGGACAGCAUCUCUGAAAGCACUGGAGUGCUGAACUUGUCCUCGCCUGGACAAUCUGGCGGGAACACACCCAUAUCGGACGCCACCGUAUUAGAGAAGUUUGAAACUUCUAAAUUUCCACCCAGUCCUCCCCCCGACGACAGCUUUGUCGGUGAUAGUACUGACGCCAGUUCUCCCUCAGUUGCAAAUCACGUGGGUCACGAGGAAAAACCUGCCACAAAGGUAAACAUUUCUUAAUGCGUUAUGGCUUGUCCCAAGUGAAUCAGUUGUUUUUUUCCUUUUAAGUCUCAGCGAGAUUCAGGGUAUGUGUUGUAUCGUUCAACCAGGACUCUUGGAACUCCAGUAUGUACGUUACUGUGAUUAAUAUUUGGUUCAAUGUUGCCAGCUCAAAGACUUUUGGCGGGGAAUAGUUUAUUGUUAGACGUCAUAUGACCUUAAAGGGAACCUCCACUUCAACAAAAAGAUAACUUUAAAUCACAGGAAAUAACUGUUACAGUCAAGUCAAUCUAAAAUAUUUUUAAAGAAAGCGUUUGUAUCCGAAAAUUUUUUUAGAUUCGCGGCCAUCUUGAAUAAUUCGUGUAAUGGUUGCCCUUUGUUACCUCUUUUUCAGAACAAUAUGCGUUCUUUCUACUUUUAAAAUUCAGAUAUAAACACUUUUUUAAAGACAAAUUUCGAACAAAUUUGUUUAUCAACAUAAUUUUAUUCGAUUUAAACUUAUUCUGUAGUAACAGUGGAGGUUCCCUUUAAAGUAGCCAAUGAGAGCGCGCACUGUUGACGAAAAUUUUCCGGCUUCGUAACAUUCACCCUUACCUCGGUUUUGCUACAUGCGUUCUUUCUACUAGAGUUGUUUACACUUUGCAAUAACACCUGACUUUUCUAAGUGCAAUCCUCAGAUUUGGGAGAAAUAUGUUAUUUGUUGGAACAAAUAAGAGAGUAGAUUUGCGCUAUGUAAAACCGUCGAAAAACGACCGAAAUGUCCUUAGGACAUACAAAGGUUUCCUUACACGUGACCUCUUUCAUGAUCGGUCGAUACCAAAAUGUUAUCGAUAGUCUCCCCUACAGUAAAGUAAAAGAAGUUACAACUGCGAAUCGAACCUGGGUCUCUUCCUUACGUCUUCUCUUAUUUUGAAUGUAAACACAACGUGGGCCUGAACUUAAGGCUUUUCAAAAUGUCUUUUUACUUUACUCUACCAUGUCCGGUAGCAUAUUUUACAUCUACGAGGACUAAAGGUUUGGUUACUAGCAAUAAGAUAGACCGUUGCAAAAGAAAAAAGACAGGCCUCGUCUUUCUUUCUUUCUUUCUUCUUUUUUUUUUUGUUUUAGAGUUGGGGUCAGCUUUUUAAAAGUAGUAUGAAAGAUUCAAAUGGGGGAUUUGUAAAAUUGUUUUGUAGGCUGUAUUGCUUAUCGCGUGACACUUUUCCUUGCAGGUCGUUACGAAGCCGACGCCUAGCCACGUAGAAGUAGAAAACUAUGGCUUCAAGAUGUUUAUUUUCAUCAUGUUCAUCCUGGCGCUGAUAAUGAUCCCCAUUGCCAUUGUUUGGGAAACUAGAAAGACCUAUAUUAAAUCGACGGAUGCUUACAAGGGCUUCGCUAAAUUCGUGUUAAAAUCUUUCGGAUACAAAAUUUGAGGAGUCACGCAAUACCGGGUAAUUUUUAAUCAAUCGUGGUAGUACCUUUAGGAAUUCACUGUCAAAAUUGACAUUGGAAAAUAAUUCAUUGUAGCAAUUAGUGGACUCGAUUCAUGUGCUUUGUUCUUUUUUGUCAUUGUCAAUAUAAUAGAUUUAUUUUUUUUUCGUCUACCUAGAAUACAAAGCUUGAAAGCUGGUGCGUGCGAGGAAAAUAUCCUUUUAGUGGUGACCUAAAAGAACUGUGUGUGUUAAUUUUCAGGUGAAAAUAGUCAAUAACGAAUACACUUGACUAACAGGUCUGUCAAGGAUACGUACAUAAUUAAGCUUUGAAAAGUUUGAGGGGUAUUUCUUUUUCGUACGUUUUUAAAUUUCCGAUGCCGAACGUUAAGUUUUCAUUUAUUUAUAGAUAAUAUUUCUCACGUAGUUACAGCAGCCUCACCAAAACUCGUAAUAAGCUUGUAACAGCACGACCUUAUUAGUGAAAACUGCACAUAAAAAAAUAUGUAGAAGAGUUCCUCAGACUCGCCUUCAGGACCCUUGUAGUGGAGAGGGCGUGGGAGCAAGUUUUACUCUCUCGCGCACGCAGUCGCGCACGCAUAAUCAGCAGAGAAAGCACUGCAUGAAUGCCUUUUUAUUUCAAAAUUCGUCCACGUUCCAGCACGCCUCUGAAGCUUUCAAGUCUUUUCUCCGUCAGUCAACUUUUCGCUAAACCGAAUGAUCGUUCAACUGUAUUGUUUACAAAGUGUUGGCGUAAGAAAGAACGGGGUGUGUCUCCCUCGCGCGUCCCAUUCUUUUUUACGCUCAUUACUUUCAAGCGCCUGCUGCCGUGAGAUUUGACUAAGAGUACAAAAUUGAGUGUGUGGGCCUGUUAUCUCCCCGAAGUAUUUUCGCUCUCCCCUGUUGUUGACCAGCAGAUCAAGAGACAUCAGCGAUGAGAUUGGUGUAAAAAAUUGCUUACAUGGGGAACAGGAACUUAAUCAUUCUCGCACUCUUAGCUCGGUCGACGGGCUGUUUUUUGUUAGUGAAGGUGCUGGGGUGGAAAUUCGUGUAUUAUCGUUCGAGUGCUUAUGACCGUAUGAGUUUUAAGCAUCGGAGUUGUAUGCAGCGAUCAGCUCGACGCGGCGGAAUCGGAGUCGCAAAAGAAUUAAACUUAACAUUUUCUUCCGACUUCCCUUAUAACAUCCUCGCUCACGUUCUCAUUAAACGUAAGGCGCUUAUUAUUGGAUUAAAAUUUCAUUUUCAAAUUGACCGGUCCUGUCGGCCCAUUUCUGACUUUUGGAAAGCGCCCUUAGAUUUUGGGAGUCGCAGACGAAAGUGGAAGAACUAAAUUCUAAUUACGAUGCGUUUCACUAGAUGAUAACGCUCUGCGCUUUUGAUCACAACUCCGACGCCGACUAAGCUUUUUCCAGGCUUUCAGAUUGUGGGGACGGAGCAAAGAGAUGUGAGCAGGAAAAACUGCGAGAGUGUGGGGUAGGUAGGGGGUGAGAGUGAGGGAACGCUUGACUUCGCUCCGCACUCGCCUAUCUGAAAGUCUGGAAAUCAGUAGUGAGAGCCAGCCAUUGAGCUCCUUACUAAGUAUUUACGGCACUGAUCGUAUCAUGUAAAUCAAGUUUCAGUGACGUUGGGUUGAGUUAGAUCAUAGAUCACAGACGUAUCCUUCACUUCGUAUGGUAGACAGAAGUAUUUCACUUUUAUUAUUAUACAUUGUACGCACUGCCUGUCUUCUCAUUGCCUAAGAGCCUGCCGUCAAUUUUGUAAAUCAGGGCAGCUACAGAUUAGUUAGUUAUUUGUUAACAGAUAAUUACUUAUCUCUAGGUUGUGUGCGCAAUGCAUGAUUUUCAUUAGCAUUAUCAAACUGUGUUCCGUGCGACGGAUAUUUUAAUCUUCAAAACAAUGUCUAAUAGAACAAGUAUUAGAUUCCUUUCUUUUGUAUUAACAAUCAUUGGAUGAGGGUUUUCUGUGAUGUCGGAAUAACCAAAGUGUUGAUAAGAGUAAUCAAUUUCGGCCGAUAAUUCUUACGUCGAGCUUGACUAUUCCGAAUAUCACCAAAAACGCAUCCAAUGAUUGUUUAUACUUGAUUCUCAAGACGACACGUCAAAACUUAAACGUUUUGACCAUCUGAGUAAACUUGGUGCGGAUGGGAGUAUAUUUCAGUGAAAUUAGCAUUUAAUUUGUUGUAGAAAUUUUGUGGUUAGAUAACUUUCUAGUAAAUCUAAAUAGGGCAAAACGUCAAUUGUAAAUUUUAAAAGUAAAACUCCAAGUAUUUAAAUGUUCGUAGAGGACACGCAUUGCCAAUUUUGUAUCGUUAUCGCAGUAAGUUACGUCUGAAUUAAGUUUUUGUCUACCAGUUGAUUUUUAAGCAGUCGAGGGAACAGCUUGUUUAUUUGGGCUUCUCGGUUCCCAGAUUCUUCUCCACUUAAUAAUGGGCGAAGAGACUGGGCAUGCGGGUUUUUUAUCCCAAAAUUCUUCUUGGGCAGCGGUUUUCCUGUAAAAAUAUGAGGCCCGCGUGUUCUCCUCAGUUCGCGCCAAUAUUGCUGAAGAAUUCAUUUGCAAAUAAUUCAUUUAUUCCGUCGUAACAAGUGCAAAACAUCCGAAAUCAAGAAUCGAAAUUUGGAUUCUGCCAAAUAAACAUGCCUUGAAGGAUGCCUUUCCCUUAAACAUGACACCACUUUUCAAGUAUGCUACUCUUGUUUUCCAUCGCUUACCUUGUAAAAAAGACAAAUGUCAUCACGGUGUAAUUAGAAUGAUGUCUUUUUCUUCGGGAAAUGUGUCCUUGAAAUAUUUCACUUUUAUUUUCUGAAACUGUUCCAAGUCGCGUGUGGUUAAGUAACCAAUGCCUGGUAGGACAUUUAGCUUAUUAGAUUGACGUACUCAUAUUCUGUAAAUGCAU